AGGUGCGUCUCAGUCGGCCUGUGUCUGUCCUGGAGUCAUGAUCGCCCCGCGGAUCCUCUGCGUCGUCCUCAUCGCAGGUGUCUUUGGAAGGAAACCCGUUCCAGGGAAGCCAGUCGAGGGAAGCAGCUUCACCUUCAACUGCUCCUACCCUCCAGGCUACGAGACAAACGACAAAUACUUCAGUAAGGUCGGCCAUUUCUCAUCCGAGGAUGUCAUUCGCACAGGCGAGCACAACACUCUGGUCUGGAAUGGGAGAUUCUCCAUCUUGGAUGACACCAGGGGGCGCCACUUCAGAGUGAAGGUUGAUCCUGUGGAAGCGGGGGACUCAGGGAAUUACAUGGCAGGCAUAGAUAUUCCACUGUUACGUGAUCCGUACUGUGUGUUUGAAGUGGAAGUGCAGAGAGCCCCUCUUGGUGCUGGUCAACUGCAGAGAGAUGACAUCAUUCCUGCUAAUCAGACACAUGGUCACACAGAGAAAGAAGACCAUGCUGAUCAGAUGGCCAUCUGGCAGGACCUACAGCAAGCAACUGAUGUGAACUUCACCGCCUUGGACAAUCACCCUUCAGUAGGAGGAGAUGGAGGCAACCACCACUUUGAGUCCUGGUUCAGUCAUCUCAUCCUGGUGUGUGUGUGUGCUCUACUCAUCGUCUGCAUGUUCAGCCUUCUCCUACUCUUCAAAAAGCACUGCAACAAAUCCAACACUGGCCCCAUCUCACUGAGCAUCAGAGGGAGACCCACGAGCAGUGACAGUCAGGCAGCCGAUUACGAGACAAUGAACUCAGUCGAUGUCACCGCCACCCCCUCGACGGUUGCCGUGGAAACCAAGGCCCCCGCUGAAGCCUCCAUCCCGAUCUACGCUGAGGUCCAGCGCCGAAGCCACAUCUACCAGAACCUCCGUGCCGAAACACGCCUGGAAGCCAUCUACCACAGCCUGGAUAUCCCAACCAAUUAGCAUUUGCCUUGCUGUAAUGUCAAGAUCACAGUAACCAAUCAGAAUUUACGUCUUUUAAGUCAAGAAGCCAUCUACCACAGCCUGGAUAUCCCAACCAAUUAGCAUUUGCCUCGCUGUAAUGUCAAGAUCACAGUAACCAAUCAGAAUUGACGUCUUUUAAGUCAAGAAGCCAUCUACCACAGCCUGGAUAUCCCAACCAAUUAGCAUUUGCCUCGCUGUAAUGUCAAGAUCACAGUAACCAAUCAGAAUUUACGUCUUUUAAGUCAAGAAGCCAUCGACGACAGCCUGGAUAUCCCAACCAAUUAGCAUUUGCCUCGCUGUAAUGUCAAGAUCACAGUAACCAAUCAGAAUUUACGUCUUUUAAGUCAAGAAGCCAUAUACCACAGCCUGGCAGUGUUGUGCAAGUUCACACCUCUCAUGAACUAGUUCAAAGUUCAGUUCAUACAAGUAAACAUGAAUAGUUCA